AUGUCCAAGGUAUACUUUAUUUCAGGCGGUAAUCGAGGAAUUGGUUUUGGAUUUGUCCAAGAAUUGAGCCAAAGAAAAGAUGUCACAGUUAUAGCGAGCGUAAGAAAUGCUGCUAAAGCAACGGAACUGAACGCAUGGAUUAAGGAGCACCCCAACAUUCACACUGUCAAUUAUGAUGGCAAUGUCGAUGGCUCUGCUCUGGAAGCUGCAAAAGAAGUUGAAUCUAUUACAGGUGGAAAGGGAAUUGACGUUUUUAUUGCCAAUGCUGCCAUCUCCGAUGCCCACUAUUCGGUUCUAGAUCUUCCGGAGAAGAACUGGCUAGAACAUUACAAAAUCAAUACAUUAGCACCUCUUCUCCUGUUUAAAGCGUUUUAUCCAUUGCUUAAAAAGAAGGAUACCCGACAAGUCAUCUUUAUUUCAUCUGAUGCUGGAUCCAUUGCCGCCACCCCCAAAAUGAGUUUCUCCGCAUAUGGCCAAAGCAAAGCGGCCCUCAAUUAUUCCACUAAGGAACUCAGUUUUGAGCUUGAAGAGGAGAAAUUCACCAUUAUUGCCUUGAAUCCGGGCCCUGUUUUGAGUGAUAUGGGAACUUUUUCUAGAGAAGAAAUGAAAAAGAUCAGUGUUGCAUUCAGUCACAAGCACUGGGACACCGCUCCUUCUGUCAAGGAGAGUGUCGAUGAGCUUCUUCUUGUAAUAGACAAGCUCACUCCAGCAGACAAUGGCAAGUUUUUCCAUCACGAUGGUACUAUCUACCCCUGGUAA